AGAUGGGAAAAGGGGGAGAGAGAGAGAGACUGGAUGCGACCUUUGUAUUUACCAGCGUUUCUUCCUAUCUGGGUGGUCUCUACCUUCCCUCUCCCAAUUUCCCUACUUCCCCUUUAUUUUUCCUGCUGAUUUUCCCAUUUUCUCGAAUGUUGCUCUUUACAUCUGGGGCUUUCCCUCUCAUUUACUGCUUCUUGCUGCAACGAUAUUAUUUCGGCUCUUCCCACCUAUUCCACCACCGUCUCCCCACCCCUCCCAGGUAUCCUUCAGCUGCUGCUUUCUUUUUUGUCGACUUCGUUUUUAAGAAGCCGCGCCGUAUUAAACCCUCCCUCUUACACUUUUCUGCAUAAAAGCUGUGGACUGCUGGACACGAGCUGCGACAUACCCAAAGCAGGAAAGUUUUUUUUAAGUCUCCCUGUACCACAACGUGUAUGACUCUGUCCUUUCCCUCUGACAGGCUGUGUGCUCUUUCUUUGUGUGCUUUUUCCUGGUCCCUGUGUUGUCCUGAGUGUGUAAGUAACAAUGGAGGGCACAGAAAUGGUCUCUGAGGCUCCUACUAGUCUGCCUCUCUUUUUGGGAGAGGACAUCUAUGCUGGUGAUUGUGCCCUGCCCAAGAGCAAGAAUCCAGCCACUCCCUCUUUGGACAGACCUGAGUUGCUGCCCUUUGCACCCUUGAGUAGGGAAGUCAGAGAAAACAGUAGGAUUCAGGUGUCUGUAAUUCUGCCAGUUUACAAUGCUGAGAGCUGGUUGGAUGAAUGUUUGCAGUCUGUUCUGGACCAAGACUUCCAAGGCUCCAUUGAACUCUCUGUUUUUAAUGAUGCUAGUACAGAUAAUUCAGUGCAUAUGAUACAGAAAUGGAAAGUCCAUUUGGAAGAAGCUGGCAUUCGGGUAGUGUUGGGAGGAAACUACUCAUCUCAGCCACGUGGCGUGGGCUUUGCUAAAAAUCAUGCAGUAGAUCAGAGUUCUGGGAUGUAUCUCUGCUUUCUGGAUUCCGAUGAUGUGAUGAUGCCCCAGAGAAUAAGGCUGCAAUGGGAAGCUGCUAUUCAGCAUCCAAAAUGUAUUAUAGGUUGCCAGAUUAGGAGAGAGCCAGUGGAGGCGACUGAGCGAUACACAAGGUGGAUCAACAGUCUAACAGAGGAGCAACUUCUUACUCAGGAAAACACAAGGUAUGAAGAAAAGAGCAAAUCUCUGCACCAUGGAAGUUUUAUGGAUCAAUCAGAAGAACAGUUCCAAAUUUUUACUUCCCAUGGACCAACAGUAAUUAUGCCAACUUGGUUCUGUUCCCGAGAGUGGUUUUGUCACUUGGGCAGAUUUGAUGAGGGAGGAAAGGGCACUCCUGAAGACCUGCUAUUCUUCUAUGAACAUAUUCGAAAAGGUGGUGGAGUUUUUCGAGUCAACAAGUGCCUUCUUCUCUACCGUUAUCAUCUGCAAGCAGCAACUCACUCAGUUUUAGAGAGCACCAUAUGGACACACCGUGUCUUGUUUCUGGAAGAAAGAAUUCUCAAUCACUGGACCGGUUUCACCAUUUGGAAUGCUGGAAAGCAAGGGCGGAAGCUUUUUAGGAGUUUGUCUUCAGCUAAUCAGAAAAAAGUAGAAGCAUUUUGUGAUGUGGAUGAAAAUAAAAUUGCAAAAGGAUUUUACACUUAUGAAGAAUCUAAGGAAAAUCCCAAACCCAAGAUCCCAAUCAUGCAUUUCAAAGAUGCAUCCCCACCUUUCAUUAUUUGCAUGAAGUUGUCACAACUGUGGGUGUGCAUUAGAGACAUCUCAUCAUCUUAUAAGGAUCUAACAGACGGACAAUUUGAAGACAAUUUGAACAUGUUGAAACUGAAGGAAGGUGUCGACUAUUUUCACUUUAACUGAUGUGUACGUUGCACUGGAAGGACUUUCACAGGAGAAAGAAAAGGGAAUACAUUAUUUGUAAAGGUUGAGUUAUACACAGUAAUGACAGGGCUAGCAUAAAAACUCUGCCUCGAUCAUAAAUGCUAUGAUCUUCCAAAGCAAGUAUUAAUACAUUUUAAAUUACAUUUCCUUCAUUUUGGUUGUGAUGGCGA